AAAUCUCACUGCAAAGGAUUUUUUCUUGCUCACUAAUUUUCACUGCUCAACUUUGCUAGCGACCUCUAGCUAGCUACACAUAUGGAGGAUUCCCAAGCUUUGCACGAAACCCAAUUAGUAUCUGAGACCAAUUACCAGCCCAAACAAAAAGACAUCAUCACUUUCAUGGAUGCUGAAUGGUAUAAUGCUGCAGCUGAAGGCCAAAUUGACAAAUUCAAGGAUUACACAGAGCCUCUAGAUCUUUUGCGCACCCCAAACAAAAAUACAGUCCUACAUGUUUACAUCACAGCAGUAAAAAAGGAAACGGAAGAAUCCAUUGAAUUUGUAAAACUAGUUAUCAGCAAAUGUCCAUCGCUGCUAUCUGAGCCCAACAUCAAAGGCGAAACUCCGCUGCACAUUGCAGCAAGGUUCGGGCACAAAAAUAUAGUUGAAUUUCUUAUUCAUAGCAUCAAGAAGGCUCAAUACGAAGACCUUGAGAGAGGCGCAGAGGCGUCAACGAGUGCUAAGAUGCUGAAGAAGACAAGCACAGAUGAAGACACAGCCUUACAUGAGGCAGUGAGAAAUAAUCAUCCUCAAGUGGUGGAAAUAUUGAUUAGAGAAAAUCCUGAAUUUGCGAACAUAGCUAAUGCCGCCCGAGAAAGCCCGCUGUACCUUGCAGCGGUGAGAGAGAACAAUAUCAUUGCCUCUAAGAUAUUGGAGAUAUGUCCCUCACCAGCAUACAGCGGUCCCAAUGGUAAAACAGCUUUGCACGAAGCCGUUACAAGUAAAGAUGAAGGUACGCUUCAUUUCCGCUCAGUUUUUAUUGCAGAUUUGAUAGGAAAAAUACUUGAAAAAAACAGUAGUCUGACCAAAGAACAAGACGAAGAAGGAUGGACUCCGCUGCAUUAUGCUUCCUACUUCAAUCUUCUUCAAAUUGUGGAAGUGUUAUUACUAAAAGAUGGUAAAUCUGCUGCCUAUAUUGGCGAUAAAAGCGGAAAAACACCUCUUCAUGUUGCGAUUUUCCACUGCAAAAGCCAUUUAAAGGUGGUGGAAAAAAUUAUGUCAGACUACCCAGAUUGCUGCGACCUGGUUGACAAUAGAGGCCGAAAUGUUCUCCAUUUUGCUGUGGAAAGCAAGAGUUUUGAAGGAUUGAAAACUAUUACUGAAAAACCUUUCCUGGCUAACCUAAUAAAUCAGAAAGAUAAAGAUGGGAACACUCCGGCCCAUCUGCUUGCUACUUAUGGCUUUGAAGAGUGUUGUCUUACAGAGCACCACCUAGUUGAUAAAAAGGCCAUCAACAAUGAAAAUUUAACCGCUCUGGACGUAGUGGUAAAAACGAAGGAUGAAAGCAAUAUGCCAUUUCUGGGAUGGACAAAAAGAAAACUAAAGAAGGUUGGCUAUAAACCUGGUCGGCCUUCAAUUAUCCAGCUCGCAGAACGUGAUAACAUGUCAAGACUCGACAAUGAGUUCAUCACUGAACUCGAGAAAACCAGUCAAUCGCAUCAGAUAGUAGCCACCCUCAUAGCAACGAUAACUUUUGCGGCAGGUUUCACCUUACCUGGCGGUUACAGUGAUCACGAUGGCCCCGACGAAGGAACAGCAAUUUUAAGUAGAAGAUCAGCCUUCAAAACUUUCCUUAUAACUGAUACCCUUGCGUUUGCCCUCUCCAUUUCUGUUGUGCUUAUCCACUUCUUAUUGACAUUGCAAACAUCCAAGAGAAAGUACUUUAAUCUAUUCGCUGCGGCUGCUCACUUCACUUUAAUUGCUAUGGAAUUAAUGGUGGUGGCAUUCAUGACAGGUGUGUAUGCAGUGAUGCCAAGUUCCUCAUCAGGUCUUGGGGCCACCAUUUGUGUCAUCGGAAGUUGUUUGGGCUUAUUGUAUUUCUGCGUGCUCAAGGUUUCUAUCUAGAUUAACUGAUUAAUACUUGGACUGUUGUACAAUUAAAGAGCAGUGUAUAAUUAGAAAAAUAUGUAAAAUUAAGAUGGAAAUUAAUGUAUUUAAAAUUUAUGAAUGUAUAAUUUAUUGUUUAUUUAUUAAGGAUUUUUCUUACGUAG